UUCUACGCUAGUUUAGUGUUUCGACUUCAUUUUUGAGAACCGAAUCUUAAUGGAUUCUUGUUGUACCUGAAACACUUAAACAAACGUCAAGCUCUUAUAUUGUUUGUUAACAUCAAAACAUGAGGCUUAGCAAACCAAGGCUAACAGGAAGUUCUACCCAUCGCUGUUAAAGCCUUGGAAUUGGAGAAGGUCAAUCAACUUCUAGGUCACCGCUCUUUGAUGACACCAACUACACAUAUUGGAAAAAGCGGAUGAGAAUUUAUAUCCGCUCAACCAACUUCCAGUUGUGGUUGAUCAUCAAGAAUGGUGAAGAAACACCAAUGAAGAAGGUUGGUGAAAAACUCGUCCCAAAGACCGAGGACGAAUUUGAUGCUGAAGACAUAAAAAAGGUGGAGAACUACGCCAAGGCAAUCAACAUGCUCUAUUCCGCGGUCAACCCCGAUGAUUAUCGCAAGAUCUCUUGCUGCACCACCGCCAAAGAAAUGUGGGACAAGCAGGAGGUCACAUAUGAAGGUACAGACCAAGUUCGGGAAGCCAAAAUUGACUUCCUAAUGCAGAAAUACGAGAUGUUUAGGAUGAAGGAAGGCGAAAAGAUCGAUGACAUAUUCGAUCGGUUCUCCAAGAUCAUCAACGAUCUUUAUGCCCUCAAGAAGACCUACGCCAACAACGAUCUCAAGAAAGGUAUAGCACUCAAAGCAACCAAGGAAAUGGUGGAAGAAGCCUCGAGCGAUGAUGACAACGAGUUAGGACUCGUCAUCAAGAAAUUCCACAAAUUUAUGAAGAAGGAAUUUGAGCGCAAAGGAAGAAAGCACGACGGUCCCCCGAAGUGCUAUGGGUGUGGCGAGAUAGGCCACAUCAAGCCGAGGUGUCCAAAAGGCAGAAACAGCAAGGACAAACCCGGCUUCAAAAAGCAACGAGCCUAUAUCUCAUGGGGUGGCGACUCCGGCGAUGAGUCAACUGACCAAGAAGAGGAAGAAGCCGCCAACCUCUGUCUCAUGGCACACGAAGACCACGCCGACGAAGUACAAGAGGGAAACCGUGUGACCUUCGAUUCAAAAUCAUGCACGGUAGAACGCCUUAGUGACAAUAAGCUCAUUCUACAUGGUGAUAGAAUCGAUAACAUAUAUAUGGUUAACUUAGACAAAUCUCCUUCCGGCUUUGCUAAGUGCCUCACACUUGGUUAUGGCACCGAAGGAUAGCUCAUAUGAACAUGAACCUAUUGAACAAAUUGGUUUCACAAGA